UUGCUGCUCACGGAAAAGGAAUAGCUGCAGCAGCACUGGCCGGCUAGAUCGCGUGUCUGCUGCUUUGCUGUUCGUUCAAUUGAACUUCACAGCGAUGAAGCAAAAUAUGGUGAAAUUUAUUUUGCAGCAUCUAGUAACAAUUCUUCAACCAAUAGCAGCGAGUUGCUGCGGCAGUAUGCUGCGCAUGAAAUGGUACCUUAAUUCGGAACACACCCUAAGUUACGUGUGGGUAUAUAUGUGUGUGUGUGUGUGUGUGUGUGUGUGUGUAUAUAUGUAUAUAUAUGCUUUAAGCCUGAGCUUGUGAUUUUCUGGAUUGAUGUACGCAUGUUGACAUAAAUAUUAAAUCAUAAAUAAAAUGACUCUCGACUGUGCGAUCAGUAACGAGCAAGUGAUUUUUGUCACGGGAGGUUAUGAUCAUACUAUCAAGAUAUGGCAACCGCAUACAGGCGUCUGUCAACGAACGUGUCAACACACAGAUUCUCAAGUCAAUGCAUUGGAUAUUACACCGGAUAAGUAUGUCGUAGCUGCUGCUGGUUAUCAGCAUAUACGGAUGUACGACCUAGCUUCAAACAAUCCCAAUCCAGUCAUCAAUUAUGAAGGAGUGUCAAAAAAUAUUACCAGUUUAGGUUUUCAGGAAGAAGGAAAGUGGAUGUACACAGGAGGAGAAGAUUGUUCAGCAAGAGUAUGGGAUUUGAGAUCCAGCAGCUUUCAGUGCCAAAGAAUAUUUCAAGUAACUGCACCUGUAAAUUGUGUGUGUUUACAUCCAAAUCAAGCGGAACUAAUUGUUGGCGAUCAAAGUGGAGUCAUACAUUUAUGGGACCUUCGUUCUGAUCACAAUGAACAAUUAAUUCCUGAGGCUGAAUCUUCAAUUCAGGAUAUUACUAUAGAUCAGGAUGGCACUUAUAUGGCGGCGGUAAAUAAUAAAGGACAUUGCUACAUUUGGACACUUUCAGGAGGUGUCGGAGAAGAACCAACAAAACUUAACCCUCGUCACAAACUUCUAGCUCACAAACGUUAUGCCCUCCGCUGCAAAUUCAGUCCUGAUUCUACGUAA